UCUUGUCCAAUAGAGGAAAGAAAUAUGUGAACACGGUAUAAGCAACAAAAAGUGGAAAAAGUAACCUAGUUUUAGAUUUUGAUGCAUACUUGAUAUGCCCAUAAUGCACGGCAUGGAUGGACUAUCCAGGGCUGCGUUUUCCACAACUAACGUCCCAAAAACGCGUUCUCAUAGUCACUUUUAUGGUGCUGCAUUAGAACAUUAAUGAGGGCAAGCUUCUAGAUGCAACUUUGAGAUAACCAGAAGAUUAAUUAAAAAAAAAAGGCGAGAGAGAGAAAUGAGGUGUUAAUAAUUCGAUACAACAAUUUGAUCAAAUGCAUAAAUUCUCCACAAACCACAAUCACCCAGGAUACUCGGCAUCCAUGUUGGGAUUUGGGAUUUGGGAUUUGGAUCCAAAUCCUCCAUGUUGUUGUCAAUAGACUCCAUUCAUACAAGUGAGUUAAUAAUUCGACGGCCCAAAAAGAAAUGAGUGUUAGUACCUGAUACGGAACCCAUAUUUUCUUUUUAUAAGAUAUCCUUCCACAUAAUUAAAUCCAAUACUUGAAGAGAAAGUCAAUGGUAUUCAUCGACCCAAAAAAAAAAGUCAAUGGUAUUUAGUAGUUGAUUUCUGAUUGCAAAAGCAACAAAUGAAUUCAACGACAGAUUGCAAUAAUAAUGCAACAAACUAGAUAGGGAAUCCACAUAUUUCAGAAAUUAACAGUAGUCCAAGAAAGCUGUCGUCACCUACAAGUACACACACUACGUGAAAUAGGUCAAUGAAGCUACUGAAUUCCCAUUAAAAAAUUCUGGUUUUUCUGAUUCCAUAUGGAUAAGUGAAUUUUAAAUUUUAUCCAAUUAUAAACUCAAAGUCAAAGGUUCUAAGAAGCUCCUGCUUAAAGUUUCAAUUUUUUUAAUCCAUCUUUAAUUGAAAUCGUUCACAUGAAACUUCCUUCUAUAAUUCAUGCAGACCACCCUAGCUCUUAUUUUCUAUCUAUAACAGCAUUACAACAUUUCGCUCUAUCUAAAGCCUAAAUACUCUAAAUCAUAGCACAUAUACUCUCAGCCAAGUUUUCCAACAAAACAAUGCCUCUUGUUUCCACCCCAUAUCCAGUCUGGUCCAUGUACCUCCUCCAUGCUUCCCUUCUCUUUUAUGUAAACUUAGUGUGGCUACAGCCUACAACAGCAGCCACGGCCGCCGCCUUGGGAAAUGAUACUGAUUUCAUGGCAUUGCUCAAGUUCAAAGAAUCAAUAUCUGAUGACCCACACGGAGUUUUGACAUCAUGGAACACCUCUACCCACUUUUGUAACUGGCAUGGAGUCACAUGCAGCACCAAACAUCAAAGGGUUGUAAUGUUGAAUCUUAAAAGAUCUGAUUUGCGUGGGAUUAUAUCGCCUUAUAUUGGCAAUCUCUCCUUUUUGAGAAACCUUUACCUCCAAAACAAUAGCUUCUAUGGAGAAAUUCCAACGGAGUUGGGUCGUUUGUUCAGACUACAACAACUCUCACUCUCAAACAACAUACUAACAGGGGAGUUUCCUAUCAAAUUGACAAAUUGCUCUGAUCUAAGGCACUUAAAUGUGUCAAGCAACAAUCUCCAUGGCAAAAUACCAAUAGAGAUUGGAUCACUAAGGAAGCUUGAAAAGCUGAAUCUUUUCACAAAUAAUUUCUCCGGACAAAUCCCACCUACCAUGUGGAAUAUUUCUUCUCUUGAUGUUCUCUCUCUGGCCUAUAAUAACUUGGAGGGCGAUUUACCAGAAGAAAUGGGACAACUUAGAAACUUGUCAGUUUUCGCAGUACCUGGAAACAAAUUGUCCGGUACGCUUCCUGCUUCACUUUACAAUAUGUCAUCUCUCUUUUUCAUCACAGCUGCAGAAAACCAAUUUCACGGCUCCCUUCCAGCCAACAUGUUCUCCACCCUCACCAAUCUGCAGGUGUUUGGCAUUGGAGCAAAUCAAAUGUCAGGUCUUAUCCCAACUUCCAUCACAAAUGCAUCUUUACUUCAAGUAUUUGAUAUUGGUGUUAACAGUUUUGUUGGACAAGUUCCAAGUCUAGGAAUGUUGAAAGACCUUCACUGGCUAAACUUAAAUUAUAAUAAUCUAGGCAACGGUUCAGAUAAUGACUUGGAUUUUACUACAUCUUUGGUAAAUUGUACCAAAUUGGAAAAUUUGAUUUUGUCAACCAACAAAUUUGGGGGUCCUUUGCCCAACUCCAUAGGUAAUUUGUCAACCCAACUCAUUCGACUAUAUCUUGGUGAUAACCAGAUAUAUGGAACUAUUCCUGAAUCUAUAGGAAAUUACAUAAAUUUAAUUGCCUUGGUUCUAGAAUACAAUCAAUUUACUGGGACUGUUCCAAAUACUUUUGGGAAGCUUCAUAAGCUCCAACUGUUAGGUUUGGGGAUAAACCAACUAUCAGGACAGAUACCUAGCUCCUUGGGUAAUCUUACUCAAUUGCUUCAAAUAAGCAUUUCAAACAACAAGUUGGAAGGAAAAAUUCCACCCAUAGUUGGAAAUUGGCAAAAGUUACAAUACCUGGAACUUUCAGGGAACAAUCUUAGUGGUGCUAUACCCUUGGAGGUAUUCAGCCUUUUCACCUUGUCAACAUUGUUGAACUUAUCUCAUAACUCAUUUUCUGGCACUAUACCCGUUGAGGUAGGAACCCUUAAUAACCUUGGCACUCUGGAUCUAUCUAAAAAUGAUCUGUUUGGAGAGAUUCCCACAACCAUAGGAGAGUGUAUAAAUUUGGAAUACCUAAACUUACAGGGGAAUUCCUUCAAUGGGACAAUACCUCCAUCAAUUGCUUCAUUAAAGAGCCUCAUCCAAUUGGAUCUAUCACAAAAUAAAUUGUCUGGAUCGAUUCCAACAGCAUUGCAGAGCCUUUCUCUACUAACAUACUUAAAUCUGUCUUUCAAUAAAUUGGAUGGCAAGGUACCAACAGAAGGAGUUUUCAAGAAUACAAGUGCAAUAUCAAUAGCAGGCAACAAGAAGCUUUGUGGGGGCAUCUCAAAGCUCCACCUGCCACCAUGCCCCAAUACUAACCAACAAAAAAAGCAGCAUAACUUGAAGCUAGUGAGAAUCAUAAUUUGUGUGGUCAUUUGUCUUCUACUGUUGUCAAUUCUUACUAUAUGUUGGAGUAGGAGGCAAAAGCAACUAUCAUCUUUGAUAUCAAAAACAACAGACCAGAGCUCGAUAGUGUCGUACCAAAGCUUAUAUGCUGCUACAGAAAGGUUUUCUACCAACAAUUUGAUUGGUUCUGGGAGUUUUGGUUCUGUGUACACAGGAUUCCUAAAAUCAGAAGACAGGGUCGUUGCCAUAAAGGUGAUCAACCUUCAAAUGAGAGGAGCUCAUAAGAGUUUCGUCACUGAAUGCAAUGCACUAAGAGUUAUUAGACAUCGAAACCUUGUGAAGAUUCUUACAUGCUGCUCAAGCAUAGAUUAUCGCGGGGAAGAAUUCAAAGCACUAGUUUUUGAGUACAUGUCUAAUGGAAGCUUAGAAAAGUGGCUGCAUCCACAAGGUGAAACUGCAGAUCCAACACAUACUUUGGACCUUGCUCACAGAUUAAAUAUUCUUAUAGAUAUAGCUUCAGCGUUACAUUAUCUUCACUAUGAGUGUGAACAACCUAUUGUUCAUUGUGAUAUAAAGCCAAGCAAUGUCCUUCUUGAUGAUGACAUGGUAGCUCAUGUGACUGAUUUUGGAUUAGCAAGGAUUCUCUCAACAAUAAAUGGCUCCUCUCAUAACCAAUCCAGCACAAGUGGAUUCAAAGGGACCAUUGGAUAUGCUCCUCCAGAGUAUGGAAUAGGCUCUGAGGUGUCAACACAAGGUGAUGUAUAUUCUUUCGGGAUUCUAGUAUUGGAAAUGCUAACUGGCAGAAGACCCACGGAAGAAUUUUUUGAAGACGGUGACAAUCUUCAUAACUAUGUGGAAAGGGCAUAUCCAGAGAAGCUUUUGGAGAUUGUGGACUCAACCUUUCUACUGAAACAAUUAGAGAAACCAUUAGCAGAAAAAGAAGGCAACAUAGUGUCGUGUGUAUUUUCUCUAAUCAAAAUUGGACUAGCUUGCUCAGUUGAAUCUCCAAGAGAAAGAAUAAAUAUGAGGGAUGUCAUUAGGGAGCUAAAUGUAACCAGAAACGCAUUUCUUUGUGGUUUAGUAAAUGUGGAGUAUUGUUGACCACAGAAAUAAUAAAUUAAGAAUGCAUGUUACUUCCAGAUUAUGGGUCCAACAAGCUAUAAAGCUUUUAAAUCAGCUUGAAAUUUCCAUGUAUAAUUGGAAAGUAGUAGUGUUAGGACACCCAACUAGUUCCACUUUGAAGAGUUAAUUUCCAUAACUAAAAAGGAGUGGAUUAGUGAAGAGAGUGGAGAGUUCUCAAAUAUCCUUUCCAUCUUGUAAUUAUUCAAUAGACAAUAGUUUUAUGAUUUCUGAUGAAGAUUGUAUACAGCUUAUCUUGUUUGUUA